ACCACCCCUAACACCAUCACCACCCCUAACACCAUCACCACCCCUAACACCGUCACUACCCCUAACACCCUCACCACCCCUAACACCGUCGCCACCCCUAACACCGUCGCUACCGUAACACCACCGCUACCCAUGUGUGUACGUGUGGGCGUGUGUGCGUUGGCUGGGUCACACAUCCCGCGUGCCCAUCCACCACAUUCCCAGCCACCGCAGGCCCAAGCAGCCAAAUGGGCGCGGCAUGCACCGGAGAAGAGAUGGGCUGAUGCGGUGCCUGAGGUUGUGGAGGGGUGUGGAAAAACAUUUGUGCUGGGGAAACAAAGGCAGCAGGGUGUAUCGUUUGUGCGUGUGUCUGUAUUGGCAUAGUGCUUGCCACGCACCCCAUCGUGUGCCGUGCCGGUCUUCAUAGGUCCUGCUCGCUAACAGCACUGGCACCAACAGUCUGUUUUGGCUAUCCAGGGGAUCUUUCUUUUGUUGAUUGCGUGUGAAUGUGUGUGUAAGUGUAGGGGAGAGGUAGUGUCGUGGUUAGUGCGCUGCACUUCGAACCCGGCGACCGAGUUAGAUUCUCGCUCAUGGCUGACACCAGUGACGAUCAUCUGAACCAUUCUGGGCCUCCCCAAGGGCUACUCAGCCUCAAAUGAGUACCUGAUGCGGUGUAUAAACAUCGCCACUGGGAAGACGAAGGCGGUGAGGCGUAGUGCUGGAAAACCACCCCCUCGUGUGCUGUGCCGGCCUUCAUCAGUACCGCUCGCUAACAGCACUUGCCCCGACGGUCUGUUCAGGCUAUGCGAGGGAUCUUUGUCUUUGCAUGCUGCUCACGAUGGCUCCGUCUCGCGGGUAUCGCAAUCUGGCACGUGGCUGGCUGUGCGUGCGUGUGGGUGCCACGUGCGUGCCACGUGUGUGCCACGUGUGGUGGCGCUUGCCACGUGCAGAUCCGCCAGUAUCUGGUCUCCAUGACGGCAAAGGACGUGUCGGUGAUGAUCGCGGUGGCGCCCAGCAGGCCGGCACACGGCCCCCCGGACGAAGCAGCGGAUGAGCUCCCCCCCACAUACGUGGGCGCCGGCGCGGGCGCCUUCCCCCUGCGCUUCUCCGUCUCCGUGCUCGACCUGGACCCCAAGCCCAUGGACAAGAUCCCACACCACCACCAGCAACACUGCCUCAUCCUGCGCAGCUACCUGAUGGCGCACAUGGGGUUGGCACCGGUGGGAGGCGUGGGCUUGUUGGCGCCGGUGACCACGCCACACAUCGGCGUGGAGGAGGAGGAGGAGGAAGAAGAAGAAGAGGAGAAGGAGGAAGAGGAGGAGGAGGAGGAAGAGGAAGAGCGGCGAACUCCGGAUACCGAAUCCGGCUCCCCGGCGUCGUGGUCGAUGCCGGUGACGUCGCCGCAAUCGCCGGCACCACUGGGCCGGCCGUCGCCGCUGGCGCUGUGCGCCACGCUGAGGUCGUAGGGGUAGGGGCGGCGUGGCGCUGAGCGUCCCGCCGGCCGCUCCGUACGGAGCCUACCGUGACCGUAGAGCUACCCCGCGCCGCCUCCACACUUCACACGCAUGCACACGUACGCACACACACGCACACACACGCACACACACGCACACGUACGCACACACAUGCACGCACACGUAUGCACACACACGGACACACACCGUGAGGUUGGUGGGGCAAACGAGGCAGUGGUGGGGGGGGGUUUUCACACCACACGCACACACGCUCCUGCACGCAUGCACCCGCAUGCGCUUAAAUGGGUGACUGCCGUGCGUCGUAACAGUUGGAACAGGUCACGCUACAGACAGUACCACUUAUGGCAGAAUCUGGGUGCGGUGCUUCUGUGCGCUUGCGACCGCUCCCUGCCUUCACCGUCGCACCGUCGCCAAAUUCAGCGCUGACCGGCAUGUCGACUUUCACCCCCAGACCUACGCGAUCGCCCCACGCUCGUCUGCGGUACCAAACCCUCAGCGAAGGGGGUCCAUUGCAUUUCCUGGAGCGGAUCGCCUGCUGAGCGUGCGCCCAGCCUGUCGGUCCUGCCGUGCCUACUUUUUCCACUGCCAUGCCAGCGCAGCUCGCGAGGCGCCAGGUUCCCCCCCUCCCCCCUCUCUCCUGUGUGUGGGCCGGAGGUCGUUGCUUGAAAAAGAAGUGAUCUCAGAGGUAGCUCUGUGAUAUCCGCUUCAGCGUAGCCUGUUCUGAGUGGACCAGAGGUCUAUUGAAGAAGGGAUCUCAGAGGUAGCUCUGUGAUAUCCGCUUUCACGAGGCCGUUCUCAACGCUGAUCAUUCGACUCCUCUUGAAACUCUGCGCUGUGGGCAUCUUCCCCCACGCUGGGAGUGGUAUCCAUAUUUAAGUUGUUUCGUUGCUGUAAUUAAGGACUGUAUUUAUUCACGUCGAGGGGCUAAGGAGAGAGUCCCGAAUACUGGUCUACACAGCAGUCGUCACCACCUGCUGCGUUCAGAAGCAUCAGCGCGAGCUGCUGUAGAAGCUGUAGCCAAAAGCAAGAAGAGCAGCAGUAGAAGAAACAGCAAUAUGAUGAGAAUCGCUCUCAUCCACUGCAGCAAUACCAUCAGCAGCAGUGUUCGUAGCAGCAGAAAUCUCAUCAGCAGCAGCUGUUGCAGACCGCAUGCAUUGUUACGCAACAGAGCAGCGGCGGGGGUGGGGGGUUACACAACGCGCCCGUGCGCAAUAACAAACAAUCAAAACAACACGGGCACACACACACAUGUGCUGAGUUGGCAUGAGCUCUUCCCGUGUUAGCCGCCACCGCCGCCGCCGUCGGUUGCAUGAAUGCAGCAGCUGUGAACGCCACAGCCAGUCGCUCGCCCCGCUGUUUGUUACGCGCGACUUCCAUCAACACCACUACCACCACCACCACCUCUUACUUCACCAUCACCUCCACCAUCACCACUGCCAUGACCACUACCUCUACCAUCACUACCAACAGCAACCUUUUGCCACUAAGUGGUGGUGACGUCACCAUGGCACUUGUGCCAGGCUAGGUGCCCUUUGAUGCCACGUGAGGUGUCGAAGGCGCGCUGGCAGGAGGUCAUGAGACAGACCCAGGUGCCAUAGGUUGACUGAGAAAACUGGCUGAUGCACCACCUGUGCUCCCUACUGUGCCAACUUGCUGUGUUUUAGCCGCCCGGCGCUCCACUCAUUGUUGUGAGCGUCGCUCCUCCGCCCUCCGUUGUUGCUGGAGGGCGACUGCCUCCAACUGCCCAGUAGCAGCGUCCUUCACGAGCCUCCUCUACAGAUGCCGAUUUGUACACCGCCGGUACCGUUCAUUGGCAAGUCCACUCAGCUCCACGUCCUCCUGUGCCGCAUCAGCCCAUCUCUUCUCCAGUCGGUGCCAUUCACGUUUUAAGCCCCCUCUAUCCGGCCAAACAGAAGCCGCUUGUGCAUGCGGUGGCUGGGCAUGCGGGUUACAUGGCCACGCCAACGCAGCCUUGCCUGCUGGACGAGCUCACUGAUGGGAAUGUGUCCACAUCUUUCAAGGAUUCGUGAGCUCCUCACACAAUCCAGUCGGGUUAAACCCAGGGUUGAUCUUAGGCAGGUCAGCCUGAAGGUUUUCAAACUUGCCCACAUGUUCCAUUAGAGGGGUCCACGUUUUGCAAGCAUAGAGGGGGGAGCAUGACUGUUGCCGAGAAGACCCGAAGCUUCGUGUGGACCAACAGGCCAGGUAGCUCCACACAGCGUUACGCUGUUUAUGAAACGAUAAUGCUGCACGAUUGAUUAGGAGUGAGACCCCCACUGCCAAACCUUACCUGGUCAUAAGCACACUGCCCAGGUACGGAAACGUCUCCACUCCUGCAACCACCACCAACACGACAGCCAUCACCAAUUACACGUGCACUUCUGUUCGAGUUUUAAGUGCAGUGUCUGCGGUGAUUAGAGGUGAUGCCGAUUGCAGUGGGAGUAGUAGUUAUAGCGGCGGCAUUGCGAGUGGUUGGUAGUGGUGGUGGUGAUGGAGUUACUACAACUGCCGUGUCGGCUCUUGUGCCCUGGACUCUCCAAUUCGCCAAGACGCCGGAAUCGUUUGGGGACGAGCGUCUCCGAUAUAAAUCUCCGCCAGCCCUGCCCCCCAGGCUACACUUGGAGCUGCCCUGGGCCUGCGUUUAGGGCCAGGGGCCCCCCAGCCGUGCCCCGGUUGACCACGUGGUAAUUUGGGGUUGUUCAUCAGGAACAAUGCUAAAUUAUUUGUCCGGGAAAACCUUUGCCGAGUCUCUGGACUCGCCGUGUAGGGAAAGCUCCUUGCUCCGUUGAGAUUUUUGCUUUCGUGAAUCUUUUUUUUUCGUGAAUUUACUCAACAGACCGAGAGCCACAGCCCUGAUCUCCCCCCACCACCAGACACCCUUAAGCCGGUUUAACCCGUUCGCGGGCAGCCCUGACCCCCCCUCCUCCCCCCACCUGGUUUAGCCUCCUGUGAGGAGGUGAGGGUUCGAGUCGCACGUUAGGGAUGUGGCUCGGAGGGCCUCGCUGAUCUGUGCAUAAACCACGUUGCCUCCUCAUUGAAGUAUGCACACGCGCGUGCGUGCAUGCGUCUAUGCGUGCGUGCAUAUGUGCGCGUGUAUGCGUGCAUGUGUGUGUGCGCAUGUGUGUGUGUAAACUAACUUUAGCCAUGACAUUUGAGCUCUGUUAAGCUUAGGGUUAAGAGCUUUGCACACUCAAACAGGGGUGUGGACUCGCUAGUGUGUAAGCUCACCUCGCCGGUGAGCUUGUGUGCACGCGAUCUCGUCUGUAGGCUCACGACUGUGUGCGCGCUAAUGUGUACAGCUGCUGGUGUGUGUGCGCGUGCUCUGUGGUGUGUGACCUCACUGAUGUGCGCCACACUCUUGUGGAAGGUCAAUAGCGUGCAAGCACACAAGUAAUGAGUGCGGUGAGUGUGCGGGUUGACGCGUCUCCGUAGCAGUGUUACUCAGCCGCCCCUUCCUUCCCCACGUGCGGAUUCAUCUUGGCCCACCGCACGCUGGCUACGUGCGAUUCAGAUCUCCACGUGGACACCACGACGUCACGCGUUGCGAUGUGCACACAUGACGUACACGUCACGUGCGCCAAGAGCUGCGUGCAUUGCACGUGACGAACGCGAUUGCAGGUGGACCUGGAUCGACCGAUGUCACGUCAGCGUGAUGUACGUGAUGCGUACUAUGCUGAUGUGUCCACAGAGGGGGGGGGGGGGGGGUGCCCCCUCCCCAAUGCCUUCAAAUUAAACCGGAAGUAUUAAGUCUGACACUGACGUCCAUGCACGGACCCCCUCGCCCCCUCCCGCCCCCCAACCGCGGGGCCCGGGGCUGUCGCUCCGAUUCGCCGUACCCCUCGGGACGGCUUUGGCACGCGGGUGGCUGUGGUGCUGCACAGGUUGUGAGCACUGCGUGCGGGGGGCGGCCUGGCCCGUUGUGUGUGCGCGUGGCUGGGUAGGGCCACUGACAUUGAUCCCCUGACACGGGCGCCACGAGAUUCUUUCCAAAUUUAACAGCUGCACGUUUGAACGUCGAGCGGGUCCGUGUUUGUGCGUGGUUGUCUCUGUGUGUGUUACGUGCGGGUGGCGGUGGCGCAGUGGUUAGCGCGCUGCGCUCCGAAACCCGACAGAGACCCUUGUUGGAUUCCCGCUCACGGCCAACUGCGGCGAUGAUGAUCUUCAACCGGUCCUGGGCCCUCCCCUAGGUCGACUCGGCCUUAAUGUGUUAUCUGUUGCGGUGUUGAAAAGCAUCAGCACUGGGGAGACAAAGGCGGCCGGGCGUGGUUCUAGCCACCCACCCCCUCGUGUGUCGUGCCGGCUUUCAUAGGAGCUGCUCGCUAACGGCACUUGCCCCGACAGUCUGUUAAGGCUACACAGGGGUGCGAGGGGGGGACUUUGUCUUGUCUGUAUGCUGGUGUGAGUGGGGUGUACACGUGUGUGAGUGGGGUGUACACGUGUGUGAGUGUGAGUGGGGUGUACACGUGUGUACGAGUGUUUUUGUACGCGGAGGCGACAGUCUCCAUGAGGCUCGGUGAUGGGGAUCACGGGGGAUCAAGUGCUGGAAGACGGAAGGACGGAUCGAGC